ACUGCUACAUUUUGUACAUGAAAAAUACACCGAAUUUAAUUUUAUUGUAUUUGCUGUAUAAUACCUAUAAAGAAAUUACCAAAAUAAAAACCGGUGGUUCCAUAAACCAAAAAUGGCCAGAGACAGAAGUCCUGAACGGCGGAGGUCAAGAUCACGAGAUAGAAGAGAUCGGGAUCGUUACGAUGAACGCGAAUCAUAUCGUGAAAAAGUAAAGCGCAGGGACAGGUCUAAAAGCCCUAAAAAAGAUGCGGAUAAAGCUCGAAGCCCUUCUAGAAAAGAUCGCGAUCGUUCCAGGAGUCCGCUACGUAAAGAACGCGGCCGUUCGCGCAGCCCUAAGAAGCGUGACGGCAAAGACAAAGAUCGACGUUACGAAGACAAGGAAAAGAGUAGAUCAAAAAAAGAAGAUGAAGAGGAAGACACUGCAGACAUGAAGAAAGAGGAUGAAUCCAUAGAUAAAAAACCAAUUAAAAAAGAGCCUUUGUCCUUAGAAGAACUACUUGCUAAGAAAAAGGCUGAGGAAGAAGCCCGCAGUAAGCCAGUAUUUCUUACCAAAGAGCAACGAGCACAGAUAGCUUUGGAGAAACGGCGUCAAGAAGUAGAAGCUAUAAGAGCUAAUACUGAUAAGCCUCAAGUCACUAUUGAUUUAACAGGUCCGUCAAGACGUGAAGAAGAUAAAAGGCACAGAGAAGAACGUGAAAAAGAUAGAGAAAAGGAACGUCGAGAGGAACGGGAAAGGAAAUAUGAAGAGAGGAAAGCCUAUUCAGAUCGUCGAGAACCAAAAAAAGAUAAUGAAGAGACAUCUAAAACAAAAGAUAAAGAAAGAGAAGAAGAGGCUAUUAAAGCUCGUUACUUAGGUAUAGUAAAGAAAAAGCGUAGAGUAAGACGGCUGAAUGACAGGAAAUUUGUUUUUGACUGGGAUGCGUCAGAAGAUACAUCAAAUGAUUAUAAUGUUUUGUACAAAGAAAGACAUCAAGUACAAUUCUUUGGUCGUGGACACAUUGCUGGUAUAGAUAUCAAGUCUCAAAAGAAAGACCAUAGCAAAUUCUAUGGGAAUCUUUUAGAAAAGCGCAGAACUGAGUUAGAGAAAGAACAAGAAAAACUACGCUUGAAGAAAGUGAAAAAGAAGGAAGACAAGCAAAAGUGGGAUGAUAGACACUGGUCUGAGAAAGAUGUGGAUGAGAUGACAGAGCGUGAUUGGAGGAUAUUCAGGGAAGACUACAAUAUUACCUUAAAAGGAGGUAAAAUUCCUAACCCUAUACGUUCUUGGAAGGAAGCGCCCUUGCAUACUGACAUUAUGGACAUAAUCAACAAAGUUGGAUAUAAGAGCCCAACUCCUAUUCAAAGGCAGGCUAUUCCAAUUGGAUUACAGAACCGUGACAUUAUUGGUGUUGCUGAAACUGGUUCCGGUAAAACAUUGGCAUUCCUUAUACCAUUACUUACAUGGAUUCAAUCUCUGCCAAAGAGUGAACGUAUGGAAGAUGCUGACCAAGGACCUUAUGCUAUAAUUUUAGCUCCAACACGUGAAUUGGCUCAACAAAUUGAAGAAGAAACUAAUAAAUUUGGUAUUCCUCUUGGUAUCACAUCAGUAGUGGUUGUUGGAGGUUUAUCUCGUGAAGAACAAGGUUUUAAGCUGAGGUUAGGCUGUGAGAUUGUCAUUGCCACUCCCGGUCGUCUUAUUGAUGUCUUAGACAACAGAUAUUUAGUACUAAACCGUUGUACCUAUGUUGUUCUUGAUGAAGCUGACCGGAUGAUUGAUAUGGGUUUUGAACCGGAUGUUCAAAAAAUCCUGGAAUACAUGCCUGUAUCGAACAUAAAACCUGAUAGUGAUGCAGCUGAAGAUGCUUCAGUAUUGCUUGCCAAUUAUAACACAAAAAAGAAAUACCGACAAACUGUGAUGUUUACGGCAACAAUGCCUCCGGCUGUAGAGCGGCUGGCUAGAAGUUAUCUCAGAAGACCGGCUAUUGUAUAUAUUGGAUCUGUAGGAAAACCAGUAGACAGAACUGAACAAAUAGUCUACAUGAUAGGCGAGAAUGAAAAACGUAGAAAACUUACAGAGAUUUUGCAGCGUGGUGUCGAACCACCCAUUAUUAUUUUUGUUAACCAGAAAAAAGGUGCAGAUGUUCUUGCAAAGGGACUUGAAAAACUUGGUUUCAAUGCCUGUACGCUGCAUGGUGGUAAAGGCCAAGAACAACGUGACUUUGCACUUGCCAGUCUCAAAGGGGGCGCUAAAGAUAUCCUCGUGGCGACAGACGUGGCAGGUCGUGGUAUUGACAUUAAAGAUGUCAGUAUGGUCAUUAAUUACGAUAUGGCGAAGACUAUUGAAGACUACACUCAUCGUAUCGGCCGUACCGGUCGUGCAGGAAAAACUGGUAAAGCUAUGUCCUUUGUUACAAAAGAAGACUCCGCAUUGUUCUAUGAUCUGAAGCAGGUUUUGUUGGCAAGCUCCGUAUCUACAUGUCCACCGGAACUUAUGAACCACCCUGAGGCUCAACAUAAGCCAGGGACAGUCGUAACAAAGAAAAGACGUGAAGAGAUGAUAUUCGCCUGACAAUCCUAGUUAUAGUCUAAAAUAAUAAGCAAUAGGUAAAUUACCAUCAUGGUCACCAGCAAGUUAUAAAGUCUAUAGUUACUUUAGUUCUAACACAUUUUAAACAUCCACUUUUAGAAUCAAAAGAAUGUAAUUUUAACUAAAAUUCGUAUAUAUUUCGAGAAAUAAAAA